AUGGUCAUUAUUGGCAAAGAUUAUUGCAACAAAAAUGCCCAGAAGAGAUUGCAGUUGGUUUUUAGAGCCACAUACUUUGUAGUUUCUUUAUCCAAGAAAGCAGCUUCUACGAGUGCCCUAGUUUUUCGCCCUAUCUUGCAACGUACUGAAUCCUAUGUUGCGAUCGAUAUUGAUCCCAGUAAUAGUCAUCAUCUUGAUCAUGAACCCUUUCUCGAUGUUGACAAAAGCGUACUUGCUGACUUGGUUAAAGACAAAAACUUUGAUGAUCUGAGCAAAUAUGGCGGAACCAAGAAACUUGCAGCAAUCCUUGAAACUGAUGAAAAGAAUGGUAUUUCUGGAGACCAGGGCAGCAUUCAGAAAAGGGUUGACGAGUAUGGUUCCAAUACUUACAAGAAGGCGCCAGUUAAAGGCUUUAUGAGUUUCCUUGUAGAAGCCUUUAAAGAUUCCACAAUUAUCAUACUUCUUUUGUGUGCGGCUCUAUCUCUUAGCUUUGGAAUCAAGCAGCAUGGCCUAAAAGAAGGGUGGUACGAUGGAGGAAGUAUACUUGUUGCUGUUGUGCUGGUUCUUGCAGUCUCUGCCAUCAGCAACUUCAAACAGAGCAGGCAAUUCUUGCAGCUUUCUAACGAGAAUAGUAACAUUGAGGUGGAAGUUGUGAGAGAUGGGCGGAGGCAACACACAUCAAUCUUCCAUGUUGUUGUGGGGGAUAUUGUGUUCUUGAAGACUGGAGACCAUAUUCCUGCUGAUGGUUUGUUCUUGGAUGGCCAUUCAAUGAAGGUUGAUGAAUCUAGCAUGACUGGAGAAAGCGACCAGAUUGAGAUCGAUGAGACCGAGAACCCUUUUUUGCUGUCAGGUACGAAGGUCAUGGAUGGCUAUGGGCACAUGCUUGUUACAUCUGUAGGCAUGAAAACCACAUGGGGUCAGAUGAUGAGUUCGAUAACUCAGAACGUGAAUGAACAUACACCGUUACAGGCCCGGCUAAACAAGCUGACAUCUUAUAUUGGAAAAGUAGGAUUAUUCGUGGCUUUCCUCGUUCUAAUGGUUCUGAUGAUACGUUACUUUACAGGACAUACUUUUGAUGAAAGUGGGAAAAAAGAGUUUAUUAAAGGCCAGACCAAUGCCAAUCACAUCAUGAAUGCUACUGUUCGUAUCAUUGCCUCAGCAGUAACAAUUGUUGUAGUUGCAAUUCCAGAGGGUUUGCCACUGGCUGUGACACUAACCCUCGCUUACUCAAUGAAAAGAAUGAUGGCUGAUCAUUCCCUGGUCCGGAGGUUAUCUGCUUGUGAAACAAUGGGUUCUGCCACAACCAUCUGCACCGACAAGACUGGCACUCUCACACUGAACCAGAUGCAGGUCACUGAAUUUUGGUUAGGCAAGGAGUCAUGGAAGGAAAAAGAAUCACUAGAAAUCAGCCCAGAUGUUACUGAAUUGAUAAAACAAGGUGUUGGCUUAAAUACUACAGGAGAAGUACAUGUAUCACCCACUUCUGUUUAUCCAGAAAUUUCUGGUAGCCCAACUGAGUCAGCUCUCCUUUCCUGGGCCAUCUCCGACAUGCAAAUGAACAUCCAGCAAGUGAAGCAUGCAAACGAAAUUGUCCAUGUAGAACCUUUCAAUUCUGCGAAAAAAAGGAGCGGGAUGUUGGUGAGGAGCAAUAGUAGUACAAGGACAACUCAUGUGCACUGGAAGGGAGCAGCAGAGAUGAUUUUGGCUAUGUGUUCAAAUUAUUAUGUCAGAAGUGGUAUGCUCAUAGAUAUUGAUGGCGAAGAGAAAAAGCAACUUGAAACAAUAAUCCAGGGCAUGGCAGGCAGAAGCCUACGUUGCAUUGCUUUUGCAUGCAAAAGGCUUACAGAAGAAAGUCAACUAAAAUGUCAACAUCUUCCAGAUACUGGACUGACAUUGUUAGGGUUUGUGGGUUUGAAGGACCCUUGUCGACCAGAAGUCAAAGCUGCUGUAGAAUCUUGCAGAAAAGCUGGAGUUAGCAUCAAAAUGAUUACUGGAGACAACAUUUUCACAGCCCGGUCAAUAGCAUUGGAUUGUGGAAUUCUCAAAUCCAACGAAGAUCUGAACAAUGCAAUAGUUGAAGGUGCAACAUUCAGAAAUUACUCACCAGAAGAAAGAAUGGAAAAAAUUGAUGGCAUUUUGGUAAUGGCAAGAUCAACCCCCUUUGACAAGCUUCUGAUGGUACAAUGUUUGAAGCAGAAAGGCCAGGUGGUAGCAGUCACAGGUGAUGGAACCAACGAUGCCCCUGCACUGAAAGAAGCAGAUAUUGGACUGUCUAUGGGAAUACAAGGCACCGAGGUGGCAAAGGAAAGCUCGGAUAUUGUGAUCUUGGAUGACAAUUUCAAUUCCGUAGUAACAGUACUGAAGUGGGGCAGAUGUGUAUAUUACAAUAUCCAAAAGUUUAUCCAGUUUCAACUCACAGUGAAUGUUGCAGCCCUGGUUAUCAACUUCGUAGCUGCAAUAUCAUCAGGUGAAGUCCCACUCACAGCUAUCCAGCUUCUUUGGGUGAAUCUCAUAAUGGAUACACUAGGGGCAUUGGCUUUGGCAACUGAACAACCCACUGAUGACCUCAUGGAUAAAAAACCUGUAGGUCGAAGUGAACCCCUUAUAACCAAUAUCAUGUGGAGAAAUCUCAUGGCUCAGGCUCUUUAUCAGGUAACUGUCUUAUUGGUGCUACAGUUUAGAGGAAGCUCAAUCUUUGGUGUGAACAAGAAGGUUAAGGACACCAUCAUUUUCAAUAGCUUUGUUCUCUGCCAAUUUUUCAAUGAAUUCAAUGCAAGAAAGCUGGAGAGGAAGAACAUAUUUGAAGGAAUACAGAAGAACAAACUAUUCAUUGGCAUAGUAGGAAUUACAGUGGUUCUUCAAGUGAUUAUGGUGGAGUUCUUGCAGAGGUUUGCGAACACUAAGAGACUGAACUGGGAACAAUGGCUUGCAUGCAUUACGAUUGCUGCAUUAUCAUGGCCAAUUGGCUGGCUAGUGAAAUGCAUCCCUGUUAGCAGAGAAUACCUUUCUUCUCACUUUAAUUUGGGGUAGACCUGCUGAUUG